UAUUAUCAGCUAGGAGACCUCAUCAUUGGUGGAAUCAUCUCUCAGAUCUACAUCUCUUCGGAGCUGAUAACAUUUACAAAAUAUCCUCAUCAGGAAGAAGUUGAGGAACUCAUUUAUUUCAGUGCAAGAUUCACCCACCUUGCUGCAAUAUUCCUUCUCUCUACACAGAGUAAAUUAACCCCAAACUACAAGUGUGACACCCAGAAUGCUCCAAUAGCAGUCCUCGGAGGACCGACCUCUGACACUGAUCUCCAUAUGGCCAGCAUCCUGAGCAACUACAAAAUGCCACAGCUUACAUACGGUUCUCCUUCAGUGGUGAAUAACAAAAGCCCGUCUGUUUUCUUCCAAUGGAUGUUCCCAAAUAGAGACCAUCAUUAUAUGGGCAUUCUCCAGUUACUGCUGCAUUUCAGGUGGACAUGGAUUGGUGUAAUUUAUCUGCAUGUUCAGAGUGCUGAGGAGUUUGUUCACAACGUGCUCCCCAUCUUUUCCCAGAAAGGUAUCUGCUUUGACUUCAUAGAACAGUUUCCCAAAAUAGCCUCUUCCAAUAAUAUUGUUGACGUGAUGGGCAAGGGGAUGGACUUAUACAAUAUUGCCAUGAGAAGCACUGCCAACGUGUUGGUGGUCCAUGGUGAAAUUCAAAGCAUGAUGAUUUUGAGAAUGUUGCUGCAUUUGUCAAAAUUUGAGGACAGACCAGUGAAGAAAAAAAUCUGGGUUAUGACGGCCCAGAUGGAAUUCACAUCCCUUGCCUUUCAGAGAGAUUGGGACUUAGAUUUCAUCCACGGUGCCAUUUCCUUUGCAAUUCACUCAGAUAAGAUGCGGGGAUUCCAGGAAUUUCUUCUGGGGAGAAACCCGCAACUGGAAAAAGAAGAUGGGUUUAUCAAGGACUUCUGGAAGGAUACCUUUAAGUGCUGGUUCCAUGACUCUGAGUUCGAUAUGAAGGCUGAGAAAAUCUGCACUGGAGAGGAGACACUGGACAGACUUCCCAGCUCUGUGUUUGAAACGAGCAUGACUGGGCAUAGCUACAGUGUCUACAAUGCUGUCUAUGCUGUAGCACACGCUGUGGACUCCAUGGGUUCCUCCAAGUUCAGACAAAGACGAGUGGUGGUGGACGGAGGGACCUGGAAGUUGAGUCAACCACUGUGGCAGCUCCACCAUUUUCUGAGAAGCAUCUCAUUUAACAACAGUGCUGGAGAAGAGGUUUCCUUUGACCAAAAUGGGGAAUUGGUAGCUAGAUUUGAUAUUCUCAGCUGGGUCACUUUCUCAAACCAGUCCUUUCUUAGAGUCAAAGUUGGAAGGAUAGACCCAAAGGCUCCCCCAGAUAAAGUAUUCAUCAUUUCUGAAGAUGCUAUUGUGUGGCCGAGCAGAUUUGAUCAGGCAAGGCCUCUUUCUAUGUGUAAUGGCAUUUGCCGUUCAGGUUACAGACGGAUGAAGAAGGAAGGGGAGCCAUUUUGCUGCUAUGAUUGCCUUCCAUGUCCGGAAGGGAAGAUUUCUGACCAUGAGGAUAUGGAUGAAUGUUUCCCAUGUCCAGAAGAUCAGUAUCCAAACAAUGAGCAGAAUUUAUGCAUUCUCAAAGUUAAAAGUUUCUUAUCUUAUGAAGAACCAUUGGGAGUCAGCCUGGCUAUUUCUGCCCUUUCCUUAUCAUUCAUCACGGUUCUAGUCUUUGGGACCUUUGUUAAAUACCAUGACACCCCCAUAGUCAAAGCCAACAACCGGCACCUCACCUACACUCUUCUCAUCUCCCUCCUGCUAUCUUUCCUUUGUGCUUUACUAUUCAUUGGCCGACCUGAGAAGGGCACAUGCCUCCUUCGACAAAUGGCUUUUGGUAUAAUAUUCUCUCUAGCAGUUUCUUGUGUCUUAGCCAAAACCACCACUGUGGUGCUAGCAUUCAUGGCCACCAAACCAGGAUCAAGUAUCAGGAACUGGGUGGGGAGACGGCUGACCGUUUGCAUCGUUCUUUUCAGCUGUCUUAUACAAGCCACCAUAUGCACUGGCUGGCUGGCAACCUCUCCUCCAUUCCCAGAUUUUGACAUGCACUCAAUGACUGAAGAAAUUGUACUGGAAUGUAAUGAAGGAUCGGUCACCAAGUUUUACUGUGUCUUGGGAUUCUUGGGGUUCCUGGCCGUUGUCAGCUUCACUGUGGCUUUCCUAGCUAGGAGGUUACCUGACAGUUUCAAUGAAUCCAAGUUCAUCACCUUUAGCAUGUUGGUCUUUUGCAGUGUUUGGCUGACCUUUAUUCCAACCUACUUGAGCGCCAAAGGGAAAUACAUGGUGGCCGUGGAGAUAUUCUCUAUCUUGUCUUCCAGUGCUGGGUUACUGGGUUGCAUCUUUCCCCCAAAAUUAUACAUCAUGAUGCUGAAGCCUGAGUUGAAUAAUAGGGAACAGUUAUUAAGGAGAAAAUAA